UCUAUUCACACGUCCAGGCCAGUAGUGUGUGGUUUACCUUAGACAGUUCCUACAAUAUUAACCGUGUCCUGCCAUUCUCAGCGGGAAAGACGAUCUCGCCCUCCAGUUUUUAAAAAACCACGGCAUCCUUCCCUCCACAAGAGACUACGGGAAUCCCUGUGUUUUUGGACCAGAGAGGAAUUGGUUCCAGUGCAAUAAAAAACUAAUUAAUAAGAAAAACACACCUCUUCUGCCCAGUCUAAGUAACAGGCUGUGGUGUUGAAGUGAAAUGGUUGUCACCUGUCGGUACACGAGGAAGCAAGUGAUGAAGGUUCUCUGAAAAUGGCUAUUAUUAAACAUUAUGCAUUGCAGUAGUCAAGGUAAAAAUAAGACAUUUCGGUUCACGAGUAAUCCAUAUAAAUUAUUGAAUGAAAAAUGUCGUCGACCGUAAAACCUCCAUUCCUGACGCCUUCCCCGAAGGUGAAGAACUUAUAUUAUUACACAGGAAGAGUGAGAGCGUUUUGGAAAGACCUGAUCUUUUUCUCUGACCAAAGGAAUGUUGCUGUAGUUAACGUCAGAAACUUGUAUAUCCACGGAAUAAAUGUAACAGCAGAGGAUAUAGCUCGUCUUGAAAAAUUAGUUCUGGAAAAUGAAUGGGAUGAAGCACCAGAAUUCCACUCUUACGUCGAUGAGUAUCCAAGUGAGGUUCCUCCAUCUUGGCCAUACAAGCUCUCGGGGAAGGGUCUCUGGGAAGCUAAGUGUGCCUGGAUGGGACCCACACCCGAGUUUGUUGAGAUUAAACAUAAGAAUGAAAUUGUGUUCAUGCCUAUAAGUUACUAUACAGGAAAGGUCCUUAAAUGUUUUCAAGAAAAAAUAUUGUUUGGCGACCACAGAAAUAACGUGAUGGUUAAUUUUGAUGACUUUUAUGUAAACGGGCAAAGGUUCACCAAAAAGAUGGCAAAUAAGUUUAGUCAGUCAUUUGAUACUUUAAUUCAUGCAUACAUAAUUAAACUGAAAGUUCUCGCAGGUUCCAGUUCCAAGGUUAUAGGCCCAGAGCCUCACUUGCCAACCUGGCCCAAACAACACUACACAGCGGACAUGUGGGUGGCAAAAUUUGCAUGGCCAGGUGAUUUGCCAGAAAUAGUGAAAUCCCAAGUGGGAAGGUUCCAAUUAAUUCACAUGAACCAGUGGGACAAUGUUGGACAAGUCCCUUGGGUGAGGUAUGAGCAGUUGCAUGGAUUUCCUUUUCCAAGUAAAGAUACAAAGGAUUAUGUAAUAGAGAGAGAGAAGCCCUUCAUAUUAAGUGAGAGAGAGAUGCCCUCCCGAGUAAGUGAGAGAGAGAAGCACUCCAUAGUAAGUGUGAGAGGGAAGCCCUCCACAGUAACUGAGGAUGAUGAGGAAACUGGCGGUUCACAGACUGACCUAGACCCAUCGUUUGUACCAGUGGAGCAGGAAGAGGGUCUGAUGAAAGGAUGUUUGUUACUGGCCAACCACCAACAGGGACUAAUGACAAGCUUUGUCGAUGUCAUUGCCUUCACUAAAGAAAAUUUUUACAUUAAUGGUGAAUUAUUUAGAAGCCACAUGUCUCUCUCGGAUUUCUUUAAGUGUAGAAAAAUUCCCCUGUCUGCCUGGGUAGUGCCUCUUGAAAAACCAAAAAUAAUAUUUCACAUUAAAGUUGUGUGGCGGGCAGUUUGUGCGUGGUACGGAAAUGCACCGAGGGACUUGGAGAACAUCAAGAAACUUUAUGAAAAUGGGAUAUUGGCUGGGAAGUUGGUAGAAACUGAGGAAUCUGACAAAACCAAAAUAUUUACCCAUUUUAUGGGAAAUAUUACAAGUUUAUCAUUUGCUUCGGGUGUUCUAAAGAGCAAAGUCUCAUCUACACAUACAGUCAAAAUUUUCUUUAAGAGGAGAUCUUUGUACAUGUACGGAUACAAGUUCCACUCCAGUUGUCGCCUUCUUGAUAAGUUACAAAUCCUAGAAUCUUUUACAUGGUCUGUAUUGGCCCAUCCUCUGCCCACAGGCACCCUUCAGUACCAAGCAAUUGCUCUUUGGCAAUAUCAGUAUCAGCCUUUUAUAAUGAUGAAACUUUUCCAAAUUAUUGCCGAUACCAUUAACCCCAGUCCUGAGGGUGACAUUGAUAGACACGCUAGAGAUCUUUCACCCGUGAAUGAUGAGUCUGAUAAUCACAUGUCUGGAUGGAUAACAUGGGUGUCUGAGAACUGUGGCAUCUUACAGAGUAGAAGUAACCAGGCGGACUCGGCCAAUGUGUAUUUUGAGAAGUCAGUCCUGUACGUGGAUGGAGAAUUAGUUCCCGACCACGUGAAGCUGAGUUCUAUCGAUCGAUGUCGUCAGUAUAACAUUGAUGCCAGACCAAUAGCUCCUAAGUUUUUCCAGGGUCUUCUGGUAGCAAUGGGAGCAACUAUGGUAUGGAUAGGUAAAAAGCCUCUGCUUUCAGAGUCUCCACCAAAAGCAGUCUCACCCAGUAUGAAUGAUGGAAUGAAUUCUCCAGAUGAGAAUGAAUGUCAUGGCAUGAAUGGGGGACACAUGGAUAUGGAAGAAUAUGCAAAGUUGAAAAAAUGGAAGAAGAAACCCUCAGCCGAGGUAGAUGAUAAGGACAAGAAUGAGCGGCUGUAUAAUGAGCUUCAUGCUGUUGAGGGAAUCAUUGCAGGAAGUGUACUAGUGACUAAUGACCAACAAGGACUCAUGAUUUGCUUUAACAGUAUUGUUGCUUUUACCAUUAAAAACCUUUAUGUAGAUGGUGAGAGGUUUGAAAAAACACACACAUCUCUUUCAGAAUUCUUUAAUAAGAAGAAGAUAGCUGUGAGAGCUUGGGUAGUACCUCUGAAGGAACCAAAGGUACUGUUUAAUUGUCAUGUUGUUUGUGAGGCUGUUUGUGCCUGGAUUGGACGAGAACCACCCAACUUAAAGAGUCUCGAGAGUGCACACCAACAAAGGUUACUCAAUGACACUAGAAACUUGAAGAAGUCUCUCUACCCUGAGGUUGUGUUCAGUUAUUUCUAUGGCAGAUUAAUUCGUCUCUCUGCAUCAAGUGGGUUGAUUGGCUGUGAAACUCCUCAUGGUGAAGUUGCUGUUGCAUUUUGGAAUAAGGCAGUUUUCUUGAAUGGAGUCAAGAUCCACCGUGGUAGUGAUCUUCAGAACUAUCGCAACAUUUUAACUGUGUCCAAGUGGUGUGUGCUUGGGUAUUCUGUAGCACCAAUGGAGAUUUUAGGAAGGACUGUGAGAUACUGUGCAAUAGCAAUUUGGCUCUAUGCUGACCAACACAAAAUUGGAAGAGAGUUAUCUCAGAUAAUAUUUGCUCGAUCUCAGGAUUUGCCUUUUGACGUCUUGCCUAUUAAUGUACAGAAAGAGGUGAUAAAAGGAAACGUGAUAGUUGAAGGAACAGAAUCUGGUUCAGAAGGCAAGAUAAUGUGUGGCUGGAUAGUUUAUGUAAAAGGUAAUGUUGGUAUUGUUGACUGUGUCACUGAAAACACUCGUGAGAAAACGUAUGUAGUUUUUCAGAACACAUUGAUGUGGAUUGAUAGUCUGGCCAUGGAAACUGGUGUAUCGUUACACUCGUUUGACCAUUUACUGCAGUGCACUCUUUAUGCUUAUACUCCCCAUGUGAGUCAACUAGAUGGCUACAAGAUCACUUACAUUGCCUCUAUGGUAUGGAUUGGCAAGAAACCACAAUAUAUAUUAGUAGGACCAAACUUGACGCCAGUGCGAUUGGAACUUAGGUUAAAAACUGCAUCACUUGUGGAAGAGGUCGAUAGAAAACUGGCAAAAAUAUCUCUGACUGACACACAGUUGCCACGAGGGGAAGGCGAUGAUGGAGAAACCCAGGACAGGCUGGAAGAGGAUAGUGAGGAGCCCAGCCACAAGUACAGGGGUAAACAUAUAACCGGAAAAAUUAUUCAGAAGCACAAAGGCGGAGGAGUCGCUCAGUGGCACAGCAUUCAGCUCGAAGGAGAAGUAUACAUUGGAUUUUCACGUUCGGAUGUCUACAUAGAUUUAAGCCCAAUGACCAGAAGGACCAAAUUAGCAAUCAUAGGUUCUCGGCCCUGUAAUUUUUACGUUGUACCGGUAAGUCACUAUGAAGUCGGUGACUACACCAUCAGUCUGCUAGCAACUUGUGGGUGGAUAGGCAGUAAACCAUCACACAUUCCCCCACCAGGGACCCAGAAGUCAGCCAUCAUUGAUAUGAGCAAUGUUUAUGUGACCCCUGUCAAUAAAACCAGCUUUGAUGACAAAUCUCAAGCUGAACUUUCAUCUCCAGUGCCACAACAAGGAAUUUGCUCAAAGAGUACCCCAAAUGUCAAUAGACUACCUGAAAGCAGCUUGGAGGAAGCUUCUGGCACACACACACAACCAGGUGCUGUGCCUAAAGACAGAAGUCCUCAUGUUGCAGACAAGACUGGGUAUUUAGGACCUCAAAAUGGAUACGUUUCUCAUGUUCCCAAGAGUUCAACAUAUGAAAAAACCAGCGUUACCACACACACUUCUUCUGUCGGCUCUAGUACCCCAAGUCAACCUAAGGAUGUCGGUGGGAUGUGGAACGGACUGUCGAGGACUCACCUCAAAGGCUCCAUAAUAGAACUCCACUCAAACGUUGGCCGACUUGAAGGUGCGGACAGAAGCCAGCAUUACUUCUCCCGCGACCACUGUUACCUGUAUGGCGUGAGCCUCCGCAACGUUGAGCUGUGGCACGUUCUUGUUCAAGGUCAGAAGGUUCUCUACAAUAUUAGCGAGAGCCACAUAGGCACAAUGAAGGUACAGGGAGUGUGGAUUGGAGACCUGAAGGUGGACAACAUGCAGACCACCACCAUUUACAUCAAGGAUUGGUGCGAGAAAAAUCUAGUUCCUGAUGGUGCUCGUGAAAUACUGUUGCAUCAGAUUGAAGUUUCCUAGCACCUGUAAGAACUACCUGGAGCUAUUAUACUCGAACAUCUUGGAAUGUCCCGAUGAAGACUAAGAAAAUAUAUCCAUCAGUUAAUUUGAUCAGUAUUACCCCUCAAAAAAAACAAAAAAACAAAAACCAAACCUGCAGAUCAGAGUAGUUGUUUGUCCAGGUAUGUAAGCCAGUGAGAAAUGUGAGAAUCCUUUACAGCACAGCACAGUACGUAGAUAACAUUUUGAACCAUUGUUAAUGUAUUGAGAUUAAUAUUACAGUACUCACUUUUAUUUUUACUUUUUUGUAAUAUUAGUUUGUAGAUGAUUAAAAGGAGGAUAUGUUAGAUGAGUCUCUUUUAAGUUAUAUCACGUGAGGAAGUUGUAGUUUCCUUCAGAGUUAAGUGAUUGGGUAGUGUACAGUAUUGGGGGUCUAUUCUUCCUGUAGCUAUAAUUGUUAAUGUACAUGAUCCAUUUGUUGUGAUAUAUUUUGUGUUGAGCUGUAAGUUCUUUAAGACUGAUAACUUUUAUUUGAACAUUGUCUUUACAUGUUAACUCUCACUGUCGCUCUCUCUUCAUUAUCUUCUUCGUUAAAAGUCAACAUAGCUUUGUGUUCAGUAAUUAUUGUUACUAUUAUUAAAAGAGUUUCUUGGAUAAGAGAUUCUAUUUUGAUGGAUUACUCUCAGUGGUGUCAUUAGUUGAGCUGUUAUGUGUUAUUCCAUAUUGGCCAUGGGCAGACAACUUUGUUUUUAACCCAAUCUCUUUUUGUGGCUCUCCUGGCAAAAUGUGUUGAAAAUGAUAGACAGAUAUCUGUUCGGUAAAAUCAUCUUACUGUACAAGUCUACAGUUUGUUCAGCGUGUACAGUAAACAGACCAUGCAGGUACACAGUUCAACAUACAUAUAGAUAACGCCUUUAUUGACGGCAAGAGGACCUUUCCUCCGUGUGAAAGGAAUAAUGCCUGAGGAUGUUGUGAUAAGUGUGAUGUAUGGCAAUGAAACAUGGGCAGAUAAAGAGAGUGACAUAAGUAGACCUGAGUGAGCUGAAAUGAGAAUUGUGAGGUGAAUGUGUAAUGUGUCACUGAAAGACAGGAGGCCCUGUUCAGAGCUAAGACAGCAACUGAGUAUUGAGAGUGCUGUAUUGGUGAAUCCUGUGUAGAGCCAGGUUGAGAUGGUUUGGACUUGUAGAAAGAGUGAGCUAAAAUGUGGAGGGGAGGAGAGUCCGGAGUAAGCCAAAAAUUACAUGGGGAGAGGUUGUAAGAAAUUAUAUUAGAGUUAGGAACCUGGCAGAGAGACUGUGCAGCAUGGAAAGCUGCCAUCAGGUAACUGGCUAACCCAUGCAAGCAUGGAAAUGGUUAUAAAAUUGCCUUAUUUCCAGUGGGGUUCUUUCUCAGUUUUUUAUAAGCAUCUCCAAUAUUACUCUCACAGUAACACACUACAUACACGAACUGUAUCACACAUACCCAGAAGACAUAUAGUGGUUGUCAGCCAAGUGACAAGCUCAGCUUUUCAUCCACAUUAAUUGGUGGCUUUGGAUUCACCACUCCCCCUCCCCUCACAUGUGUAAAAAUGAAACACGAAACCUCCACAGAUGAUGGCCGCCAUCCUUGCAGCUAACUUCCACAGACCUGUGGUCUGUGUGUCACUGCAUUAAAAGUCUGUUGAUAUUUCUCAUUUGUUUGUUGAGUGACUGAUAACAAUGUGGCACUAAGAGCAAAUCGUAUAAAUGAACAUAAAGCAAAUGAACAUAUACACAAUCAGUACAGUUGAACACCUUGGGCCCAGAGGUGUUCAUACACUUCGACACUGUGACAAUACAGCACUCUUUUAUUAACCCCUCGGUACAAAAUUUUAUUUGGAUGACGACAGACAAUACUGGGAUUAAUAAUAAUUGUUAGUCAACUAAAUGUGGCCUGUAGAACAAGUUAUACUUGUAUUUGUUCCUGAAUGUCGACAAUGAUCACAAAAGCAAUAUAAAAACCAAGUUACCCUUCCUUGGGUUUUGGUGUGAAAAAAAUUAUAAUUUUUUUUUAUGGUAGUUUUAAUGAUAUAUUGAAAACUUAGUGAAGUAUUUAUUUAUUUAUUGUUACUGGGAGAGACAGUGUUUGUUUACAUAAGAGGAUGCACAUACUGUCAGAGCUGUUAUUCAAAGGUUCUUGAACUGAGGAAUCCAUUGAGCCAGAUAUUUUGUUAUAGAAACAUUCUGAUUUUAUGCAAUUAAUUCACUUAGCCAUAAACUUAUUUUAUGUUAUAAGUUUGGUAUGUUAUUUUUUAAUGAAGAUGAAGGAUACUUUGUCUUCAAGAAUAUCAUAAUUUUUUGUAUAAUUUGCUUCUGUGAAGUACAGACUUCAGCUAUUUUAUUUUGUUGAUUUUUGCACUUGCUUCAAUGGUAGGUAGUCACAUUGCCUCUUGUUAUUACCUGUAUCUUUAGGUUGGUUGAGCUGUAACCUAUAUUUUAGAUACAACAGCUUAAACACACAUACAGUACUUCCUAAGUCUUUAAUGGGGUGUAUUUAUUGACAGUCAAGUGUUGAAUUACCUUUUAUGAAUUAUUAAAACCCUUUGCUCAAUAAUACUGUACUCUGACGUCUCCAUGAGUUGGUUUGUAGGGAUGAACAUCCGAGAUUUUUUUUUCCUACGUUCACUAGUCGAGUUGUAAUGAAAAAUUAAAAGAACAACAACGGAGUACUAUACAGAACACAGAAGUAAAUGUGUGUACAUGAUGAAUUACUCGACAAGAUGAAAUAUAUUUUGUGUUGUGCUCGCAUAGCGAAAGAACAUUUAAUACACUUUUAAUACACUUGCAAUGAAAUAUACUGUACUUGGUACUGUAUACAGUAUAUUGCUAUAGUGCUGUCAUGCAUACUUAUUAGUACACCAUACAUAUUGUAUACAGUACUAAGCUAUGGACACAGUAGACAGUAUUGUAUGUAAAUAUUUUAUUGGGUAAAAUUGUGAUACUAGUUUGCAGUCGGUUCAGCAUGCAUAUAAACAAUGCAGGUGUAUAGUGUACAAGGACCAUGCAGGUACAGUAUACAAUUUCCAGCAUACCUAGACAGUGUGGGUAUACAAAAACAGCUAAAAAUUUAAACUUGAAAUUAGUUUGUGUUAAUAUCACCUGACAACUAAUUUUGACCAUUGAGAACACUCACUCACUUGCCCACACCUGUCAUUAUUCAGUCCCCCGUACUGUAAAGUAAACAUUAUGGUGGACAAAACAUUUAAUGUACAGUUUAUUGAGAUGGUGAUUUAUGGAUAAUUUACUGUAUGGUUGUUACAUAAAGUACACAUUUGACAUAAGAGUGAUUUUUUUUUUUUUUUUGUUAUAGAUAAUACCUAUGUUGUGUAUCUAGAACAAAAGAAAGGCAGUUUCCAUUUGUCAGUGUGGAGUGUAAAAGAGGAAAUGUAAGUAACAAGAAAAUAGCUGUUAUCAUCUCCCUUAGAAAAAUAAGUACAGUGUAAGUGAAUUGUGAACGAUAUGACUACCAUGACAACACAGAUAAAGCAAAAGAGGACAAAGGUUAAUGGCUUUUAAUAAUGUCGUUUCUGAGAUACAUUGAUGUUCAUGAAAGUAUUUCACUAUAAUACUAUAGUUCCUGCCUAAUCUGUGGAGUAAUUGUGGAUGGUGAAUUAUAUAUGUGUGUGUGUGUGUGUGUGAAAAUUGGGUUAUGUUUCCAGAAGCACAAAACAAUAUCCCCCAAUUCUCUUAAUCCUCCUUAAGAUAAUUGUCAUUCUUGUUGGAUAUGUUCACUGAACAGGGGUACAAAUAUGAAUCCACACAUAUAACCUCUCCACAUUCUAACAUUACACAUCUUGUGGAGAUGUACACAGUGGCUGGGUAAUGAAUGAAUGGUGGGAAACAUAGGUCAGGGUGAUCCUUGUACACAUGGCACAACAUUUCCAAGAAGCUGCCUUGCUCUCGCUUUCACUACUUAUAGCUUAUGUUAGAUCAGAACUUGAGAGUCAGUUUGUAGAGAAGAGGAAGAAUAAGGAGGACUAAAAGUGGUGACAGUCCCCCUCCUUCACUUGGGGCUGUGUGUACUUGGUAAAGCAUUAGUUGUAUUGCAGCUAAUGUUAACCCAUUUACUGCGGGGUCUCCGCUUUUAAUAUGUGACUAAUACAGACGAUUUUAUUCAGCUUAGAGGCAACACUACACAAGGGGUUGAUAAGACUAUCUCCACUAACCCCUUCACUACAGACACCUUUUUGACAUUUUAUUUGACUAAUACUAUGUACAGACAAUUUUAUUUAGCUCAGAGGCGGGCACUGUUGUACGAAGGUUCACAGGGCCGUACAGUGGCUUACAGGGCCAGGCAUUUGUUAAACCUUAGCACAAUACAUCAUUACACUGUAGUGGAACUUUUGUGACCAAUGUUUAUAUUAAUUCUUUCCAGGAGUAUUGACCAAACUCAACUAAUAGCAGAAAAUAGUAACCUUAUCUUAAUGAAGACUAGUGAAUAGUUUAGUUCAAGGAAACCUAGUAUAUGAUUAUUGUAAUGGGAUGUAGUAAUCUGUAGCUAUAACCUUUAAUCAAUCAUUGGACUAUGGAUGGGAAGAAUUUUAAUAUACAUCAAAUUCACAAUGGCUGACCCAGGCAAAUGUGAAAAAUGCCCUUAAAAUGGUGAUUAUGAUGACUCCACUUCCAAAAUGCCAAUUAAAUAUUAUUGACUGAAAGUUUUUAUAUGCUGUGGUUAAAAUAUAAAUUUUUUUUAUUGAUAAUUAUACAUAUUUCAUAUGUAGGUGAAUGAUGAUAAUUUAGUGGUAGAGAAAGGUACACUCGCUCCAGGAGGUAUCUUUUCGGAGGGGUCUGAUGAAUUUCAAAAUGAACACCUCGGCUCUUGUUGUCUCAUUAGGGUUGUCAAAAUCCUUCGUCCGUUGUCAUAUUGUCUAACACAAACUCGUGAAGAUACUUUGUGGAGCGUGUGUACAUGUACAGUAUACUGUAUUGUACUUGUGAUUGAUGAGGAUUUUUUUUUUUUUUAUUAUAUAAACCUUAUAAUUUGUAUAUUAGAACCUCCGUAUUAACCUUUAGAUUUUAUGUUUGUGAUGCAGGUUUGAUCCUGAAAUCUGUUUUUUAUGUCCUGUGGAAAUGAAGAAUCGACCCUAAAAUUGUUUUAUGGCCUUUGACAAGUGAAUGGUGUGAUGUGUAGCAGAGUUGAACUCUACUCGUCAAUUUAACUUUUAGAAUUGCAACAGCUUGGCUAGAUCAGACUGAUACACUAGAUAGUUUUUCCCUUAUAGUUGAACCUCCAGAGUUCUGAAAGAAAAAGGGAAUAUGAAGGAAAGAGGAACAGUAUUGUCAUAGUCACUGAAAGAUUACAAGCCCUUUGGUUUUCUCUGGGUCGUAGAACAUGUUAGUGACUUUAGCCUAUGUCAUCUUUUUUUCUUUCAGUCUGGCUGUUUCUGUUUCUUAGCUUUUAAACAGUACUAACAUCAGUGGAUGUUGGCUUUAGGGAUGGUGGCCAUCAUCAGUGGACAUUGGCUCUGGGGAUGGUGGCCAUCAUCAGUGGACAUUAGCUAUAGGGACAGUGGCCAUCAUCAGUGGACAGUGGUCAUCAUUGGACAUUGGCUGUAGGGAUGGUGGCCAUCAUCAGUGGACGUUGGCUAUCAACAUUGUACAUGGCUGUAGAGACGGUGGUCAUCCCUAGUGGAUGUUGGCUGUAGGGACGGUGGCUGUAGGAACAGUGGCUUACAUCAGUGGACAAUAGCUGUAGGGAUGGUGGUUGGUGUUUCAAGAUUUUUGUGUUCAAUUUUUACACAUGGGGGUGGAGUGGGGAAUCCUUAGCUGCCAUUUCAGGUCAAGUACAGUACAGUGUGUGAUACAAGAUGAGAUCAUAGGUAAGGAAAACUACUGUACAUAGAAACUCAGAAAGGAGGGAAAACAUGAGGAUUGAAAUUAGUAACCAGUCAAUUAUAUUUACUAAUCUUCCACAGUUGUUUGGGUGAGAUGAAGCAGUAUAAUAAUAAAAAUAAUUUAUUCAUCAAACAGUUAUACAUGUUUACAAUUGGCUUGGUUUAUAUAUAGACAAUGCCACUACUGUAUAUGGUGUAUGUAGACAGUACAGGUAUGCAACACUAGUAAACAUUAAGGCAAUUCACUCAAGGAUAUUUGACAGACCCAUCAGAUGUUUAUUUCCAGUAGGUUCCUUUAGAGAGACCUCAGAAGAAGAAGAAGCAAGUGUAUAAAAUAAGAAAUGGUUAAGACAAGUACAGAUGUUCACCAGUUAUGCUAAAUAUCAUCAACUUGCAAAUUCAAUAUACAAAGUGAAUCCUCAGCCACUUGUAUCUUGGGUGGAUAUUAUGCAUACAGGGUGAAAUGUAAGUCCAAUGGUAAUUUUCAUCUGUUGGUGACUGACCCCUGUGGUAUAAACCAUUGGAAAAAGUGGUAUGUGACUUAUGACUCACCCUGUGUGAAACCAAAGUACCCAGCAUGAGUGUGAAAUAUAACAACAGUAUCCAAUUUUAGCUCAGGACAGGAUGUUUUUGUGUUCAAGGAGUUGAAAGUUGGAUUGUAACAUUUGUAGGAAAUAGAAGUAUACAGUACUGUAUAUGCACUUCUAAGUAUAAUGUGCAAUGGUAUAAAGCAUUGUGUUUCUCAUGUUAUAUGGACUUAUUUUGUAAAUGCAUGCACUCAUACAGGGGUAUAAGGAAUAAUGUGUAGUAUGUAUACUAGUACAGUACUGUAGUUCAGAUAAUUAUUUUGUUGUGAUUUCAGACCAUAUAUGUAAUUCAAUAUUAUGUAUCAAGUAUCAUAAAAUUUAGAAAUGAAAACUUGCUACAAAAUGGGCAAUAAGUAAAUUGAUACCCUUAAC